AUGAAAUUCGAUGAUUUUUUACAUACAGUCAACGAUUUCGGUCGUUACCAAAAACUACGAUAUUUCUGUAUAUGUCUAACCUAUAUGCUACCACCUAUUAUGGUUUACACAUGGUCAUUUGCAGCUGCGACGCCUUCAUUUCGAUGCAAACUGUCUGACAACGAUGUUACAUACAGUGGUCAACUGUUGACAUCGUACAAUCGAAGUCAACCGGAUGAAGCAUACUGUAAAGCGAAUAUGAAAAUAUCAGUAAAAGAAUGUCAACGAUGUUAUAUGAAAACAAUGUCGAAUGAUGGUUCAGCACAGAUUCAACCUUGUAAUGAAUAUGUUUUCGAUCGAAAAUAUCAUCAAUAUACACUAGUUGAAGAAUGGUCAAUGGUCUGUGAUCGGACUGUUUUUCGUUCAGCAGUACAGAAUCUAUUCUUCGUUGGUUACAUGGUUGGAUCGAUCUUCUUCGGAAUCAUGGCUGAUAAAUAUGGUCGUCGUCCAAUUAUGAGUAUUUGUAUUAUUCUAAUGGCAUGUACUGGAUUCGUUUGUGCCUUUUUUCCUCAAAAACGCCUCUUCGGAUUUUGGCCAAGUUACCUCAUCUACACAAUUAGUCGUUUUGUUUUGGCUUGCUCGACGAGAGGUAUCGCUGUGACUGGUUUCGUUCUGGCAACGGAAUUAGUCGGUCCAAAAAACAAAUUUCUGACAGCAAUUAUUGUUCAGUAUUUUUUCGCAUUCGGCCAAUUAUUUCUCGUCACAUUUGCGUAUUUCAUUCGUGAAUGGCGACGUCUCACGUUGACUCUCUCGUUAUUCACGAUUCCGUUUACAUUCUUUUAUUUUCUAUUGCCGGAAUCAGCACGAUGGAUGAUUAGUAAAGGCCGGUAUAAGCAAGCUGAGAAAUUACUUCGAAAAAUCGCAACAACUAAUAAAAAACCAUUCGAUGAAGAAGCAUUCGAACGACUAAUACAGGAACAAAAAAAAAAUACAACAGAUAAUUCAUCUCAGCAAGUCGGUGUGCUCACGCUGUUCAAAUCGACAAUUAUGUGCAUUAUAUCUAUCAAUCUCUUCUUUCAAUGGUUUGUUCAAAAUUUGGUAUUCUAUGGGAUCUCGCAGAGUACUGGCUCCUGGGGCUUUGAUCCCUACCUAUCAUUUGCUAUCUCAGCGUUCGUCGAAAUUCUAUCGUAUAUUGUCUUACACCUCGUCUUGAACCGUGUCGGAAGAAAACUUCCUUACUUCGUGGCUGUUCUCUGCUUUGCAGUCAUUGCCUUAAUGACCAUUCCCGUUCAAAAUCUCAUGCUGAAAAACAGUCAAAAACAAAAAAUAUUGAUAUUCGUAAUGAACGUCCUUUUGAAGUUUUUCGCAGCUGGAAGUUAUGCAAUUAUUUACAUCUAUGCAAAUGAAUUAUUUCCUACAGGAAUUAGAAAUACCGGCAUGGGCAUUUGCUCAAUGGUGGCACGCAUCGGAGCUAUUGUCGGAACAACGAGCAAUGAUAUGUUGACUCGUUUAUGGAUCAAUCUUCCAACACUUUUAUUUGGUAUCCUAUCACUUGUAGCUGCUUUUCUCGUUCUAAUGCUGCCAGAAACAUUGAACAAAACAUUACCACAAACGAUUGCUGACACGGAACAAAUGGGAUUGACUUGUAUUCGUGUUCGCACUAAACAACAAAAGAAAGCUGAACCUGAACUCAAUGAAGAUCAUUUAUUAAGCGAAAAUUUGAAAACACAGGAUGAUAUUGAAAUGAAGUAG